ACUCCGUUUCCCAUUGGCUGCUGCCCUCUGUGUAAUGUAGCAUCAGAAGAGGGGAGGAGAGAGAGAGAAAGUUAGAGAGAGAGAGAGAGAGAGAUAGCUGAAACAAAACCCCAAAAGCAGUGAGGUGAGUAGUGAUGAGAGAAAAAGGCAGCAGAACCAAUUAGGGCUCCGUCGGAAAGUUUAUGCAUUUGUAAAGGUAAGCCCUUUGCUCUCUCUCUCUCUCUCUCUCUCUCCAAAGUGGAAAUAUCUCGAUUUCGUAUCUAUCAACUUUUGGGUUUCGAAUGGGGUGAAACGAAUUACGUGGAGCUCUUUUUCGCGUCCAAUUUGGUGGAUUAGAGAAGAAUUUCAGGUUUCUUGAAUUCGAAUUUAGGGUUUUCCAGUGGGAUUUGGGAGGUUGUUGAUAGUCUACUUUUGCUCUUUAAGUUAUCUCUUCAGUUUGGGAAUUAGAGUUUUUUUCUGGUGGAUUGAGUUGAACAGGCUUUGGUGUUGAAUUGAAUCUUUUGUUGGGGCACAAAUUCUGUGGAUUUUUAGGAGUUAAAAAAAAAGUGUCGAGACUUUUGGAAUCUUGAGCUGUGCUUUGUCAGGGGAUCUUGGAAUUCUUUGUAAAUUAUUGUUGGAAAUCCAUCAGCUUCUCAUAAGGCGGUAGUUCUACGCUAUGUAAAAAUUUGGCUGCUUUUGGCAAUUUUCUUGGACUUAGCAUCCGAGGAGGAAUAUUGGGAGUUUCAAAGGCUUGGUGGGUGUUUAGAUUACUUUGCUAGUAAGUUAAGAGAGCGGAAUGGCAGCCGAAUCAAACACUGGUUUCCGCCAUGACGGAACUUUCAGCUCCGCUUUGAAUCGCCAUGCGAUAUCUUUCCAGUCAGGUGCAGUGAACAGCACGUCUGAGAUGAUGCCGAUGGCAAAUUACUGUGGGGUAAAUAGCACUGCUGGCAUGAUGUUUUCUGGAAAUUCUGGGAUUCUUAACCAUAAUCAAGGUAUGGGUCAAGCUGGGAGUUCUUCUGGUUCGCUCCUUGUCGAUUCCGUGCCUGGGCUCAAGCAUGAGACAGGUUAUGCUGUGGAGUGGUCUGUUGAGGAACAGUACAGGUUGGAAGAAGGACUUGACAAAUUUGCCGAUGAACCCAGUAUCAUGAGGUAUGUUAAGAUUGCAGCGACAUUGCGUGAUAAAACUGUACGUGACGUGGCUCUGAGGUGCAGAUGGAUGGAGAGAAAGCGGCGGAAACAGGAGAACUAUAACUUGGGGAAGAAAGUGAAAGAAAGGAAGGAUAAAAUGUUGGAGUCAUCCUCUAAGUCUAAUUUAUCCUCGAUUACACCAUCGGAUAUGGCUCCAUUUUCUUUGAUCAUGCACCGGACGGACCAUAUUGAACACAUGCCUCUUGAAGCAUUAAGUGGCACAACAAGGCAACUUUUGGAACAAAACAGUCAAGUCCUUGGUCAAAUUUCAGCCAAUCUGUCACCGAAUUUUUCUACAUUCAAGUUACAGGAAAACCUUGAUCUCUUUUUUCGCACGAGGAACAAUAUAGCUGCCAUCCUAAAUGACAUGAGAGAGAUGCCUGGGAUAAUGAGCCAUAUGCCACCACUGCCCGUAUCAAUGAAUGAGGACCUUGCAAAUACUAUAUUGCCUGGUACAUCUCAGGCAAUGAUGUAUGGGUCAUCAAGUGGGAUUCAGCUGAAGCAGGAGCCCAGAUGUUGACGGUGAAUCCUCCGGGGGUUGAGUAUGAUUUUAUCUGGUAUGUGUAAGUACAAAAAAAAAAAAAACAUUUCUGCUGUAAAUGCUUAACAAGAUGGUUAGGAGCUAGGAGCUCUUUCUUCCUUUCGUGUACAAACAUCUUCAUCAUCGCACAUAUUGGGUCCAUCAAUGAGAAAAUUGUAGAGGAGCCCAUUUUUGGAAGCUGAAACAUGAUAUUGAAUCCAAGCACCAGGUAAUAAUAAUACUGCACAGACAUUUGUUGGACCCCCAGAGAGUGCAAUCACAGAAUCUCUUCCUUAUUGAGCUAGGAUGAUGUUUCAGCCUCGUGUGUAUGAACUGAAACCUUGGAGUGGAUAUCCUUUUUGGUGCUUGAUUUAUCCCAUUACUGUUGGAUGUUAUGAUCGCAUUUUGUAGCUUCUGUAAUUUGCUUAUUGGAUCCAUAUAUAUAUUUGAGAAGGUUAAUUUCUCAUCA